UUUUCGUCGCUAUGGAGACCGACUCUGUGUACGGAAAUGGUGAUACUACUCCGACUAACAACUUUGUGAAAAAUUAAUGCAUUUGGUCAGUUCAGUUUGUUCAGAUAAACCGUCGUGAUCGUCUUUUUGUUACUAUAAAGUCUCACUGGAGUUCAGACGGGUAGGCGGAGACAGGUGGAAGAAAAAGAGAGAGAAAAAGGAAGUGGAGGAAAUGACACUUUGCCUGUAUGAGUGUCUGAGAGCGAUUGGGCUACAGCGUCAUUAUGCACGGUUUACCUCCAUGGGCGUCCGUCGUGCAGCCCACCUUUCAGCGCUUACCAUGGAGGACUACCCCAUCCUGGGAAUCCACACCAUGGAGGACAGGACUCGGCUCUUCCGUUUGGUCCAACUGGUCAAAACUCUUGACCUGGAGAGCCUUGGAUUUGAAGAUGGUGAUGAUGAUGAUUAUGAUGCUGAUGGUGGAGAUGAAGACAACACUGCUGCAGAUAGUAGUUUUACUUAUGAUGGUUAUGAAGAUCGUGACGAUGAUGCAUAUGAGGAUGAGGAUGUGAAGGGUGCUGCCGUGCGUAAGCUGAAUGCAGCCACUUUUCCCAAACCAUCAAGUGUACGCAGACGGCUUGAUUUCAGUAGUGAAAGUAUUGAUCAUCAUCAGAAGCUAGUUCCUCGUCCUGCGGGGACUGUUCAUGUUUCUGCUGGUUAUAACAGAAAUGAUGAGUCAGUCCAGGGCAGAAGGUCAGCCUUCAUACCUGUGCAGCUCGAGCUUGACUCCGCAUCUGCUGUGGUCUGUGCUUGCCAAGGGAGGUACAACAACCACAGGCCAGAUGUCCGGAGUCGACCAUCUGACGAUCACGCAGGAGAAAACACCAAACCAGACGUCACUGGAGGAAUUUCCAUACACAGCUCUCACACUAGAUUAAUACCUAAGUGUGAGUCAUUCCACAAACCAAAACCACGGCCUGCAACAGUUGCAUCAAAGAGGUUUAACAAUAAACCGGUUGGGCAAAAAGAUAGAAAAGGAAUCUCUAGGAGGCAAAAACUCUCUACAGAAAUAGGCAUUAAUGGUGCCUCUGAAGGCAUGGCUAAGCCAACACCUGUUUAUGAAUCAAAGAGAACAGCUGGAUACAACUACGGACUACCACUGAGUCCCCCUUCUGCUUCAAACAGAAAGCAAGCAGGGGCGCAGCGGAUCAGCGUGUGUGUGAGGAAAAGACCUCUGACACGUGCAGAGAGCAGGAGAGGAGAGGCCGAUGUUGUGACAACUCCUGGUGGAGAGUGUGUGAUUGUCCAUGAGAGCAAAGAAGCUGUGGAUCUCACACAGUACAUACUACAGCACAGGUUCUACUUUGACCAGGUUUUUGGGGAGGAGAGCUCUAACGAGGAGGUGUAUCAGAGAACAGCAUAUCCUCUGGUGCAGCACAUGCUCAAUGGAGGCAAGGCCACCUGCUUUGCAUAUGGCCAGACAGGUGCAGGAAAGACUCACACCAUGUUGGGUUCAUCGCCUGGGAGACCGGGGUUGUAUGCACUGGCAGUCCAGGACAUUUUUGCUCACCUAUCCACCACACACACACCCUCACCCUUGCUGGUGUAUGUCAGUUUCUUUGAAAUCUACUGCGGUCAGCUGUAUGACCUGUUGGACCAGAGGAAAAGGUUAUUUGCCAGGGAGGAUGGCCAGAAGGUGGUUCACAUUGCAGGGCUGCGUGACGUCAGAGUGGACUCAGUCAGCUCGCUGCUGGAGGUGAUUACAGAGGGCACAGAGGAGCGCACUCAGGGGAUGAGUGGAGUGAAUCCACUCUCCUCUCGUUCCCAUGCCUUGCUUCAGAUUCAGCUAAGAGGUCCAAACCAGCAGAUAACUGGCAGAAUGUGGUUUGUGGACUUGGCAGGAAGUGAGAGAGCAUCAGAUACCAAAGAACCAGACAGACAGAGUCGUAUGGAGGGAGCUGAGAUCAACCAGAGUCUGUUGGCUCUUAAAGAAUGUAUCAGGUCCCUUGAUCAGGAGCAGUCGCACACACCUUUCAGACAAAGCAAACUAACUCAGGUCUUGAAAGACUCGUUUGUUGGUGACUCAAUGACAUGCAUGAUUGCCAACAUUUCACCUGGUCACUUAGCAACAGAACACACACUUAAUACUCUAAGAUAUGCGGACCGUGUGAAGGAGUUGAGGGGACAGGGAGGAUUAAGAGGAGGAAGAAGAGGCAAGACAAUACCCUCCCCCAAACGUAACCUGUCCAACAGCAACAGCAACAGCAGCAGCGGAGCCAGCAGUGUUGGCACCCGAGGAAAAAGUCCCCCUAAAAAGCCAAAGUUAGGGAGACAAAGAGAAGCUUUCAGCCCCACUUCACCUGCGACAAUUCUCUGCUCCACACCAAAGAACAGUAGAUGGGGAGAGGAAACAAGUGCAAGGGCAAGACAAAGGAUUGGACUUGAACAAAUUACACCAGUGAGAGGUUCACUGGGAACAGGUGAUAAGAGGAGGGAGAGAACAGGUGAGAGGGAAGAUAGGAGAAGAGCAAGUGAAGAGAGGUAUGGAAGAACUGACAAUUACUCAGUUGGUGACCAAAACACAGGGGCAGGGCUGGUGUUGGGACAACCAACAAACAGGCAGCAUCGCUCGUGGGAGGUGCAAAGAGAGAGGUUAGCCCAGGAGGGUCAUUUGUCUUUUGCUCAGAGGGAAUCUGGCUUCUACCACAGAGGGAAAGAGAACCAACAAAUAACUUUGAAAGGGGGAAGAGAGGAGGAGAGGAGAUGGAGAGAACAGAGGAGACAAGUGGAAAGCAAUAGAGACACACAUGUUGAAGUGAAGAGAACAAGGGAAAGAGAUUUUCAGAAGGCUGCAGAAAGGGAUAAAGAGAAGGAGAGGCGUCUGAGACAGUAUCACCAGCAGCUGCAGCAGUUUUUACCUUCAUCUGCCUCUUCCUCUGUUCAUGUCCUCUCACCUUCUACAAGUCUGUCUUCCUCUAACCAGCCCUCUCUCUCUUCUCUUGUCCCUGCCUCUUCCUCUUCUUCUCUCGGAAACUCUUCCCACCUCUCAAUUUCUGCCCUAACGCAUCGUGGUCUGGAGGAGGUUUUACAUACGUACAGAGCCAGGGUUGAGGUUAGGGCGGAUGGUAAUAGAGGACAGUUGCCUUUCCCCUGUGGAGGUGGAGAGACUUGCUUACAAACUGAAAUCUCUCCAAGCUACAACAGAACUAAUGAUGAGGAUGGCCAUGGUGACUCAAGUGGUAUCGGUGAAGAUUGGAGGGAAUGUUGGGAAGGAACAGAGGCAAGAUUUGGACGAGACAGAGGUAAAAGUGAGAAGAGGAGGUCACUGGAAGCAACAGGCAAAGGGGAGGUAAGAGUCAGGAGGGAAGAUAGGAGGUCAGCUGGGAUGGAAAGAGGAGAGAUGAAGUGGGCUUGGGUGACAACAACAGAGACAGAACAGGCAGGCAGGAUGGCAGGCGCAAUGGCAACCGAUGCACAGGAAGUAGUGUCUUACAACUGUGAUUCAGAAGAGAGGAGAGAAGUGGGGCAGGAACGAAUGGACGCCCCAGUGUGGAGCACUGAGGAGGGAGACGGCUACAGUUUAGUGUCUGCCCACAGCACUAAUGAGAACAGUUUCUUUAACCAAUUUCCUGUUGAAUCACCCCAUCAACGAGCUCCAGCAGAACGACCCCUCUCCCCAGCCUGUGAACAUACCAACGCACAUACCCUGACCCCAAACAAAUACUCCUUGGUGUCAAAACACACCAGAUGCACCACCAACAUCAUGCCUCUACCACUGCAAAAUGCCCAGCAGGGAGAGCCAUCAAGCAGCAGCAGAGAGAAGGAACCACGGAUCACUGCUAAUGCCAGUAGAAAACAGUUUCCAGAUGCUCAGUCAGCCAAACUACUUCUCACUACUUCCAUCACUGAGAAUGGAUGUAAAAUACCUGCCGAGCCCCUUAAGUUAUCUGAAAAUCUAGCUGGCACUCAGAUAUGCAGCCAUCCAGAGACCAAAGCCAAAAUGUCAGUUUUACCUAAAGAAGAGAGUUCUCUAAGCGACAUCAUGGACCCUCUCAGCAUCUCACUGCUUGAAGUGGAUCAACAGGCUGCCACAGCCUCAUUCCUUCAAGGGGAACAGAGCAGCAACUCACUCUGUCCACUUGAGAAUGAGAGGGAAGGUAACAACAGGGAAGUGCAAAAAGACCGUCUCACAUGUGCGGAGAUGGAGGGGAAAGUUCUAAAAGACAUGGAUGUUGAAUUUCGCCUGUCUCUUUUAGAGCUACCACAAGCGAAGAUCCACUGCCCUCCAACUUCUGACACCAUGACAGCUACUAAUCACACUAAGCUAAGAAACGACAGGUGUUGUGCCACACACGGACACUGUGGAAUAGGUAUGGUGGAGCCUCCUAUCCCUGAAGUUAUGCUGGUCUCUCUGCAAGACCAAGAGAACAGUCAGAAACCGCAAACACAGCCAGCCAGAGCCCCUGAAUCUCCACUUAAACCCUCUACAUGUGCCCCUAUGCAAAGUUCUGUGAUUCAGCCCAUCUCAUCCUUUCUCCAGCACUCUGGGAAUACUAGUUCACCCGGUUCACACAGCGGUGCCACAAAAAUGCCGCCAAAAUAUGCAGAAAACAUGCACACCAAACCUGCCUCUUCAGUUUCAUUACCACAGUCAGAAAAUGUCUUGGGCCAUGUGAACUCAAUGCCAAACCAGUGUCAGUCAGUACAUUCAGAUCACCCCAGCAACUCAAGCAUCUCACUCCAAAAUAAUAGACUUACAGAGUCAAAUAUUCAAGAGAGUACCUGCAAUCAGCAAAUUGGACCCAUAAUCCAUCUGUCUACCCUGGAAGACUUGGAUCAUGCCCAAUGGAGUGUUGUCCAGGCCCACUGGGAGCAGCUAGAAGAGAUGGAAGCUUUAUAUCGUAAAGAGGGGACGCUUCUGUGCCAACAACCUGAUAUGGCAUUUGAGGACUACGUUCACAAGCUGGAGGACAUCAUGAAGAGAAAGGCUCGGUGUGUCCACAGCAUGAGAGCUCAGCUGCAGCCAUAUCUUAAGCUCAGUCCUCCUUCAUCCGACAACCAGCACAAACAAGAAGAGGAUAAUCAUGAGCCAAUCACUUGAAUUAACUAAGUAAAUGAACAGAGAAAUAUUUGCAUUUUUUUAGUGUAUAGUGCAGGUAAUACACAGGAGAAAUUUGAA